ACCCAUGCAAAAUUAUCAGAUCGUUCCUUCUCUCGCAACACUAGAGCUUUAUACUGAGGGCCUUUCUUCUUGCUUUCUUCUUCGCGUUCCCGGUGCUCAAGAUGAAGCUCGUCAGGUUUUUGAUGAAACUAAACAACGAGACUGUAUCAAUUGAGCUCAAAAAUGGAACUGUUGUUCAUGGCACUAUCACAGGUGUGGAUGUUAGUAUGAACACACACUUGAAGACUGUGAAAUUGACAGUAAAGGGGAAGUAUCCAGUUACUCUUGAUCAUCUAAGCGUGAGAGGCAACAAUAUCCGCUACUAUAUACUCCCUGACAGCUUGAACUUGGAAACUUUACUUGUGGAGGAAACACCAAGGGUUAAGCCCAAGAAGGCGACCGCUGGGAGGCCUGUGGGACGUGGUCGGGGACGAGGGCGUGGUCGUGGACGUGGCAGAGGUCGCUAAUCAUAUACUUUUCAGCUUGUAUCAGGAUUUUCAACAUCAAUUAGUGUAUAGAUGGAGUUUGCUUAAAAACAAAAAAGGGAGGGGAACCUGAGUGUGAAGUCUAGAAUUAUAUCAUAUGAUCCCGUGCGCUCUUUUGAUCUCUGGGUGUAGCCAGGUUUUAGUGCUUAGUUUACCAUCUCAGUAGUCAAUAGUAGAUGCUGCUGAAUUUUCAAUUUUGACAGUGAACUAGACCUCAGUCACUGACUUAUUUCUGAUGUUUACUUGGUGACAUUAUGAACUCAUGAUGUAUGUUAGACUGAGAAUGGCUUACAAUUUGCUUUACUUGGUGAAUAUGAACUGGGAAAGGAAUCGCUAUGCA